AUGGCUGCACAGAAGUCGGUGGUUUUCCACUACCUGGACAUUGGCAGGCUGGGUCGGGGAGAAGUUGUCAAUCUUUUCCUCAAAGACGCUGGCAUUGACUACAAAGAGAUUCGCUAUCCGUACGACGAUACCUGGGCUCAAAAGAGCAAGACGCUCCAGGAUCAGGGUAUCACAAGGACGGGGAAGUUGCCCGCGGUCGAGUAUCAGGGGUUGAUCCUUACGCAGCACAUCCCGACCUUGCGUUACUUUGCUCGAGACCUCGGUUCUUAUGAUGGAGAGACCAACCAAGAGAAAUACGUGGUGGACUCUGUCUCUGAUAUCUACGUCGAUUGGCGAUCUCAAUGGGUAGCGAAUCUGCGCACCAAGACGGAUAAGUACAAGGAUGAGGUUGUGCCCGAGUACCAUCGCCUCUUGGACCAGUACUAUAGCGAAAACAGCGGCCCCUACCUCUUGGGUGACAAGAUCACUUACGCGGAUUUUGUGGUUUACCAAUCCAUCGAUAAUGAUGAGAGAACUGGAACUCUGCCGUCCCUUCGCAAGCUUUGUGAGGCUAUUGAGAAGCGACCCAAUAUUUCUGAAUAUCUUCGAAAAAAUCGUCCGAAGAAAGACUAA